AUGCCUCGCAAGAGAAAAAGCAAUUUGGGUAGAAAAACAAAUAAUGCCAAGAGACAAAAAUUGUGUGUAUCCACGGAAUCAGUUGAUUAUGAUGAUUCGGACUCUGAUGAUGGUGUACAUAGCAAUAAUGAGUCGACAAUUUUAAGUUCCGUUGUGGUUGAAGAUUAUGCACGACCUUCAACCAGUCGAGAGCGUGUCGCCCUAUUUAGGUCUCAGCAGAAUGAAAAAGAACGUGAAAGCAGGCGAGACACUGAACGUUUAAGAUUUAGCCAAAGAAUACAAAAUGAGACGGAAGAGGAGCGAGAAGCUCGACGGAACAGGGACCGAAUACGGCACGUCCAGAGAAAAGAAAAUGAGACAGAAGAGGAGCGAGAUGCACGUCGGUGCAGCAACCGAAUACAGCAAGUUCAGAAGAGGGGAAACGAGACAGAGGUUGAGCGAGAAGCACGUCGGAACAGUGACCGAAUACUACACGUUCGGGGGAGGGAAAACGAAACAGAGGAGGAGCAAGAAGCACGUCGGGAGAGUGACCGAAUACUACAUGUUCAGAGGAGGGAAAACGAGACAGAUGAGAAGCGAGAAGCACGUCGGAACAGUGACCGAAUAAUACACGUAAGGAAGAGGGAAAAUGAAACAGAGGAGGAGCAAGAAGCACGUCGGGAGAGUGACCGAAAACUACAUGUUCAGAGGAGGGAAAACGAGACAGAUGAGGAGCGAGAAGCACGUCGGAACAGUGACCGAAUACGACACGUACGGAAGAGGGAAAACGAAACAGAGGAGGAGCAAGAAGCACGUCGGAACAAUGACCGAAUAUUACACGUCCAGAGAAGGGAAAACGAAACAGAGGAGGAGCAAGAAGCACGUCGGGAGAGUGACCGAAUACUACAUGUUCAAAGGAGGGAAAACGAGACAGUGGAGGAGGGAGGAGCACGUCGAAACAGUGACCGAAUCCUACACGUUCGCAGGAGGGAAAAUGAAACAAGAGAAGAGAGAGAAAGUAGGCAAGAACGAGAUAGAGUUCGGCAAAACCAACGUAGGAAUAAUGAAACUCCUGAAGAGCGGGAAGCUAGACAUAUAAUCGACAAUGAUAGGUACCGUCGCACUGUUGAAGAGCAAACUCUACUUUUGCAUGACGAGGCGACCCGAGUGGAGGAACUUCGAGCAAGCCAGGACAUUGCUGACAGAAAUGCCCGUGUUGCCGCUGAUUCUGAAAGACAUAGGGUGAACAGAGUCGUUGAGAGCGACGCAGAAAGACAAACUAGGAUCGCGCGGGAAAGAACUCGGCAUGUCGAAAGAAAUUUAACAGAAUGGCGAGACACACACAACAGUGGAUUCCAAUAUGAUCCUUUUACACGUUACAGUGAAGCUGCCAAUAUUGGAGAUUUUGAUAAAGUUUGUAGGUUUUGUCACGCUUUGAGUUGGUCAAAGGAACCACGUGGAAUAUGUUGUGCUUCUGGUAAAGUGUCCAUACCGUCUAUUUUGGAAGCACCUGAGCCGCUACGUACAUGGAUAUCGGACGAAUCACCUCAAUCGCGAAAUUUUCUUAGACAUAUCAGGGCCUACAAUAGUGCGUUCCAAAUGACUUCUUUUGGAGGUAAUGAAAUCCGUGAAGGACCAUAUAGGCCUAUGCCUACAUUUAAGGUUCAAGGACAAGUGUACCAUUUGAUCGGCUCUCUUUUGCCACCCCCUGGACUUCCGCCGUCUUACCUUCAGAUUUACUUUGUUGGGGAUGACCAAGUCCAGCUUCAAAGAAGGCAAAGUUUAUUUCAAGACCUUGAUCAUGACAUGUUGGCCGCUUUGCAAAACAUGCUUCAGAAUAAUAACGCCUACUUGCUCAGCUUCAAAACUACUUUAGAAACAUUUCCUGUAGAUUCACCUGAUUUCAAAAUUGUUAUUAGAGCCGACAGACGCCCUGCAGGGGACCACCCAGGUAGAUACAAUGAACCAACAGUCAAUGAGGUUGCUAUUUUGAUGAUUGGGGAUCCAAGUGACCAUCGAGACAUCAUUUUAAAUUCAAGAGAACAGGGUUUGAAACGAAUAUAUGAAACCCACCGAUCUUAUGAUGCCCUACAAUAUCCCCUUAUGUUUUGUAGAGGCGAAGAUGGAUAUAGUUUCAAUUUAUAUCAUGUAAACCCGGUUACUAAACAACCAACCACAAAGAAAACUAGCUCACGAGAGUUUUACGCCUAUCGCAUUAUGGUUAGAGAAGGUGAAGCAAAUCACAUUCAUAAAUUCAAACAGCUUUUGAACCAGUACUUGGUGGACAUGUACGCUAAAGUUGAGAGUGAAAGGCUGCUGUAUCUUCGUACGCACCAAAAGGAACUGAGAGCAGAGAAUUACAUACACCUUCAAGACGCUUUAAGACGAGACGACAACGUAGAAGAAAUGGGGCAAAAGAUAAUUUUACCUGCCACCUUCACUGGAGGUCCUAGAUAUAUGCAUUCUCGCACACAGGACGCCUUUUGCUAUGUUCGGAAGUUUGGUCGUCCAGAACUUUUCAUAACAAUGACAACAAAUCCAAAAUGGAUAGAAAUCACGAGUGUAAUUGGAGAAAGGCAGUCUGCUCACGACCGGUAUGAUGUGGUAUCACGAGUUUUUCAUUUGAAGCUUAACUGUAUGAUUGCUGUUCUUAUGAAAGGCCAGAUUUAUGGCUCAGUUCGCUGCUACAUGUACUCUGUUGAAUGGCAGAAACGUGGUCUUCCACACGCUCAUAUCCUGAUUUGGCUUGAAGAAUCCAUUCCUCCAAAUAGAAUAGAUCAAGUCAUUUCUGCAGAGCUUCCAAAUCCUGAAACUGAUCCUGAACUUGCAGAUAUAGUCAAGACUCACAUGCUGCACGGACCAUGCGGAGCUUUUAAUGUGCGACAGCGCAAGCUUCCCUGUAUGAAGGAUGGUCACUGUAGCAAAAGAUACCCUAGACCAUUUGUCAAUGAAACGGCAACAGGAGACAAUGGAUACCCAACAUACAGAAGGCGCUCCCCAGAUGAUGGAGGCCAUCAUGUCCUAAUCAGAGUAGGUAACGAUGAAAUCCCUAUGGACAACCGAUGGGUAGUACCUUACUCGCCUGUAUUGUCCCGAACAUUUCUAACACAUGUUAACGUUGAGUACUGUAGCAGUGUAAAAUCUAUAAAGUACAUCUGCAAGUACAUAAACAAGGGCAGUGACCAGGCCACAUUUGCAGUAAGUAAUGACACAGACGAAAUUAAAAUGUACCAAAGUGGUCGGUAUAUAUGCACAUCUGAGGCGGUAUGGAGAAUUUUAUCAUUUCCUAUACAUGAGAGGUUUCCCGCUGUGUUGCAUUUAGAGGUCCACCUUCCAAAUGAGCAAAGAGUAUAUUUCCAGCCAGGCAAUGUUCGGGAAAGAAUGGACCAAAGUACAACUCUUUUGGCCUUCUUCAAUCUCUGCCAGACGGACGCCUUUUCAAGAACCCUCCUCUACAACGAGUUGCCCUAUUAUUACACAUACUCUAAACAAAGAGGUUGGUCCAGGAGGCGGAGAGGACAACCAGUACCAGGACAUCCUGACGUGAGACAAGAUCCGUGCAUCGGUAGGGUGUACACUGUCCAUCCAAGCUGCAGUGAGCGUUACCAUCUCCGACUCCUCCUACACACUGUUCGAGGUCCAACAUCUUUUGAGGAUCUCAAGACUGUUGAUGGUGUGCUCCAUCCAAAUUUCCAAUCCGCAUGCCGUGCCCUUGGUUUACUAGAGGAUGAUGCGUGCUGGGAGGGCACUCUUGCAGAAGCUGCUGUUUCUGACAGUCCCACCAAGUUGAGGGAUCUCUUCAGUGUCUUAUUAGUAUUUUGCAAUGUGAGCAACCCUCUUGAGCUCUGGAUCAGAUUCAGAGAUUCCCUCUCAGAGGACUUUUUGAGAUCUGCACAUCAAGUCGACAUUAACACCACCUUUGAAAACAAUCCUAUCAUAUAUGACCAGUGCCUAGCAAGCAUUCAAGAGACAAUCACUCGCAUGGGAGGACUUGGGCUCGAAAGCUACAACUUACCAGUACCAGCCAUAGAUGUCAAUCAGUUAAACCAUGAUUAUAUCAGAGAGACAAGUUACGACCAUCCCGAACUCAUUAGGUUUAUUGAACAGUGUACGCCAACUCUCAACGAGGAGCAGCGCCAAGUGUAUGAGCAAGUUUUGACGAGCAUAAAUGGACAAAGAAACAAGAUGUUUUUUCUUGAUGCUCUUGGAGGUUAG